CCCAGCCGGGAGGGGAUGGCGGUGGCGGCGGCGGCGGGGGUGAGCUACUCGCCGCCCUGGUGGGUCAGCCUGCUGCAUCGCCUGCCGCACUUCAGCCUGAGCUGGGAGGCCGCACCCGACGAGUUCCGGCCUGAGGACACCCAGUACCAGCAGGCCUUGUUGCUGUUGGGAGCGGUCUCUUUGAUGUGCCUGGCUCUGGAUCUCCUGUUCCUCCUCUUUUACUCCUUCUGGUUGUGUUGUCACCAUCGGAAGAGUGAAGAACAGCUGAAUGCGGAUUGUUGCUGUACGGCGUGGUGCGUCAUCAUUGCAACUCUAGUAUGCAGCGCUGGCAUCGCGGUGGGCUUCUACGGAAACGGGGAGACCAGCGACGGCAUCCAUCGAGUAACAUAUUCCCUACGGCAUGCCAAUCGCACGGUGGCCGGUGUUCAAGACCGGGUUUACGACACAGCCAUUGCCCUAAACAAAACGGCCGAGCCCAAUUUAGGAGACCUGGAGAUAAUAUUCAGUAAGCAGACUCAGUAUCUGCACGUGGUUCAGAAGAUCCAGGGACUUUUGGAUGACCUGGUAAGAGAAAGCACAGAGAUCCCCUUCUGGAAGAACCACCAGGUUUCAUUAGAAGAGCUGGCCAUUCGUAUCGACCUGUACGACUGGUAUAGGUGGUUGGGCUACUUGGGCCUGCUGAUGUUCCAUGUCGUGAUAUGUCUGCUGGUGCUAUUUGGACUCAUCAGAAACUCCAAGGCCAUUCUCAUUGGUGUGUGUCUUCUCGGGGUGCUGGCCCUAACUGUGAGCUGGGGGUCCCUGGGGCUUGAACUGGCGGUGGCUGUGGGUUCCAGCGACUUUUGCAUUAACCCUGAUGCUUACGUGUCCAGGACAGUGGAAGCUUACAGAGUGCUGAAUGCAGAUACUUUGAACUAUUACCUGGUCUGUGGUGUUGGCUACCCUAAUCCAUUCCAGCAGAAGCUGUCAGGGAGCCACAAAGCUCUGGUAGAAAUGCAGGAUGACGUCCUGGAGCUGUUGAAGUUGGCUGUUAAGGAAUAUCCUACCUCUAAGGAGCACCUGAUUCGAAUCCAAGAAGUGCUGAACUCCACGGAGGUCAACCUGCAACAUUUAACCGCUUUGGUUGACUGUCGGAGUCUUCAUUUGGAUUAUGUCCAAGCUCUGACCGGCUUCUGUUACGACGGUGUAGAAGGACUCAUCUACCUGGUCCUGUUCUCCUUUGUGACGGCCCUGAUGUUCAGCUCCAUUGUGUGUAGCGUCCCGCACACUUGGCAGCAGAAGAGGAGCACCGAAGACGAUGGAGAGGAAGAAUCUACGGCUCAAGGGAACCGGCAAACUCACGACAACUUGUACCGAGUCCAUAUGCCGAGUCUCUACAGUUGUGGGAGUAGCUACGGCAGUGAAACCAGCAUCCCAGCAGCUGCACAUACUGUCAGCAAUGCCCCCGUCACGGAGUACAUGACCCAGAAUGCCAAUUUCCAGAACCCCCGUUGCGAGAACACUCCACUGAUUGGCCGGGAAUCUCCGCCUCCUUCUUACACCUCCAGCAUGAGAGCCAAAUACCUCGCCACCAACCAGCCUCGGCCGGAUUCUGGAAGCGUGCACUGAAAACGAGGACACCUGGAAAGUGAAAAAAAAAAAAUGGAACGAAAUGGGCCAACAUUGCAAAAGUCUCUGUUGUCUUCGCAGUUCUAUCCUGCUUUUCUCCCCGAGUCCAGGAUCCAGCUCAGUUGCAUUUCCUGCUGCUUCUUCCCUAGCUUGACCUGGCCCAUGUCCAUGUGAAGACACCUCCGUAGAAGCUUAUUGCAGAUUCUGGGCUCUGUUCCCUCGCAGUUCUCUCUCUACAGAGAGAGGGAACACACCUCCUCAUGCUCAUGUCCACGUGCUGAAGACCUCCUGGUCCUCUUGUGUUCCUUCGCUGUACAGGGAAUACGCUUUUGAUGCCCGGAAAUGGUCAAGUUGACCAUCUCCUCCCUAAGGCUUCUGUUUAACCCACCAGAAACGAUUGGAUGAACCAGAUGACUUAAAACUGGAUCACGGUCUGGAAGUGCUGUUGAUGUGGCACGCUUGAAACUAAAGCCAUCUUUAAUGUCCGUUCUGCCAUGAAGCUCGGAGAUCUCUCAGCUUCUCCUCCAGAUCCCUCUUCUUGGAGCUGCUGUAGAGGCAUCUUCGUUUCUCCUGCCAGCAUUGGUAGAUCUCCAACCUGGGAUCUUCGCAAGUCCUUGGUCCCUUCCCUAUUACAACGUGGUCUGCUAAUUUAACCCUUUGCGAUUCUCGGAUACCUCUACUGCAAGUUUACUCCUCGGUUUUACUAUCUGGGUUGAAAGUCCUGGAGAGAAGGGAGAAGGCUUCCUGCACCAGCUUGUAUGUGCUUGGAUGUAUGUGCUCGGUUUGCAGACACAUACAAACACAGCCUUAUAUGAGCACACACUGUUUGUGCUCUGUCUGCCUUCCUCCUUUGUAUCUGUCCUUCCCACCAGCUCCCAUCAAACAUCUCUUGAGCUGAUGUGAAGUCAUCAAACUGGAAACGAUCACUCUUUCGGUGCCAAAAUAUUCCAGGAAAAUAUUUAAGGAGUGCUGUAGAUUGGAUGGGGAGGGCUGUGAAAUAUCAAAUUUUGGGAGAAGGAUUUGACACGUCAAGGAGAUACCAGCAAAACUGAGCUUCUUCUCGAAGUUCAAAGGUCCUCCCAAGGUCCUCCUAAGUUAGACUUCUCCAUGCUUAUCAUUUGGGCCUCUUUGGGGAGUUAGGACAGCCGAAUCCCUGGAAGUGUUGAUGUUAGAUGGAGAAAGGAGAGUCAUCACUGGUCCUGUAUCCUUAAAUCAGGAAGCAAAGAUUUAAAAAAAAUACUGUUAUGGGAAGACACUUUUGAAGUUCAGGGCUGGAAGGGGGUCUCCAGAUAGGCUCUCCCCUUAAUUUGAAGGCCAUCUGGGGACCAGUUCUUAACUUGUUGACAGUAAAGGUGAGCAGCAAAUUGGGAGGAAGAACAGUUGCUGCAGGACACCUACUGUGUGAGAUGAUUAGGAUAGUUGAAUAGCUGCACCCUAUUCUUAUUUAUCUCUUGGGUCUUCUCGUUCUGAAAGCACGGAGAUUUCCUUUUCAGGUUUUGCACACUUGAGAGGAGGUUUUGCUUGCUUUCGCUCUUGAGAGAUGCCUCCCCCCCCACACACACACACAAUCACCUCCGCCAUAAUUGCUUGCUUGCUUUGAAAAUUUAGCCUGUCCAAAGGCUCUGAAAUCCUUAGAUGCAGCUUGCAGCAGAACGAGGAGAUACAAAAACCACUGUUAGGUCUUUCUUGAGCAACUAGGGUGACGUAAGCCAUUAUUUGUGUGUAAGUGCAGGGAGCCUACUCAGCUUCGCAAUCUGAUCUCUAGAUCCCAGUCACGCAGCUCAUCACCCAGUGGUGUUGGGACAGGCAUUGGACCUACUUCUGACCAGGAAGGUAUUUGUACAAAAAUGAAACCUCCAAAAAAAAAAAAAAUACAUUCCUUCACAGACCACCUUUUGAAGCGUGCCCUUAAAAAAACAAAAUUCAGUCUUCUGGAUCAUGCAUAGGUGAUCACAGAUCUUCAGAAGGACAUUCUUGGUAGCUCAGUUUGUGGAGAACAGGAAGCAGGAGAACCCCUUCCUGCUCCAGUCUUCUCCAGGCAGAAGAAAAAACAUGAGCGGGAUCAUCUUAAGGAAGGAACCGGCAACGUAGGUUGGGAUCAUAACCACUAUAGAAAUUUGACUUUCUCCUGAGAAGUCGCCAUCGCUUAGAUGGUGAAGAAACUUCAGCUUGGGGGUGGUCCUGCACGAAUGGAAGAUGUCCCCCGCAUUUUCCAACAAGCAGAAGACAACCUGGUGGAGAAGACCCAAGUUGUGAGAUCUUGGUCGGGAGUUUGGCGCAGGGUGAAUCUUCUCCAGGGACUUUGAACUCGGCUCAGCUUUUCAACUAACCGAGAUACAGAAUCAUCUCAAACUCAAAACUAUGGUGCGUGCUUCUAUCGACGGGGGCAGGAGCCAACUGGGUGUGUGUUGGAUGCACCCCCCCUCUGCACCCACCCGUGUAAAUAUGGAUUGCUGAGGACGCCAAGAGCCCGUGCAGCUCUCGUGAGGCAUGUCUGAAUGGCUCUCUUUUCAGAAAAUGUGAGUUGUGUUGCAUGGACACUUGUUUGCCUUCAAAGAAAAGCCGGGGUUACUUUCCCCCGUCUUCUCCUUCGUGCCAAGCAUCCGUGGCGACCAUUUCGACUGCUAAGGGCUGCUCACCCGCUGGCUGUCCUCUCCUUCCAAACCAGCUUGUCCCAAGUUUUACCCCCUCCCCCUCCCCACUUCCUCCCUCAAUUCUUGGCUUGGCAAAGAGCGUUGACCUUUGGCUGGCUCCGUGUCUUCAUCAGGUCUUCUGCACCAGCUUCUUCGGCACCGUAGGCGAAAAACCCCACCAAAUAGUUUAUUUUCCUGUUUUCUUAGCUUUCUCUCUCUCUCUCUUUGGGUUUUUUUCUUUUUUGUUUUUUUUUUGUUUGUUUGUUUGCAAGUUAAAAACUCUCAGGAUGGCGCCGUAGACUUUUCCGGCGAUUUGCGUCAGGGGGAGGAACCAUCCUUGUGGACUUUUUGGCUGAAGAAAUUCAAGAGAUGUUGAGUGGCAGGUCGCUAAGACUGCUUGGCCAGAACCUGAAGUAGGGGACAAGAGGUUGGAGUGGAAAAGCGGAGUCCUAAAACCCUUCCUUCCUUCCUUUUUUCCCCUUCCUUUCUUUCCUGAGAGCCAUUGGCAAGGGAAUCGGUUUUUCCCGCGACGAACAUCACAUGCCCUUUCUUGAAUCCUAAAGGAAACUAGGGACCAUCUGCAGCUUAUGAGGCAUCUCUCCACAAUGUGACAUGUACAUAGCAUGGGGAUGGACUUCUCCCGCCCAACGUUGAAGACUGCAUUGUAAUUGUUUUAGGGUUUUUUUUUUUUUUUUUUUUUUUUAAUCGAAUCAAGACUUGGCUGUGAAUUUAUUUUUGUGUGUGCUGUCCAAAAAAAAAAAAAGUGUUGUGUUUUUGUAUCCUAUCUGUAUAAUAUUAACUCACUUCGUUUUUGGAUUUUCUUUGGCUUCUUCAGAUGAGAAAAGGUUUUAAGGUGAAGAGAAAAAAAAAUAUUGAUAUUCAUCCAUGUAGACUUGAAGGUUAAUUUCUUCUCGACCAGCCUCAAUGCAACGAAACAAAACAACAAAAACACAAAAAAAGGAAAUCUGAAGGGUGUGUGUGAAUUAAAUACCUCAGGUGUGUGGCCAGCUUUUAAACUGGAAGGAAGAGGAAGGAGCAGCUUAAACCUGGCCUAAACUUGGAACAGUUUUACUGAGGGCAAAAUUUCUGGAGCAUCACCGAAAAUGUGUGCAUUUCGCAUGUGUGCGUUAAAUUCAGUUCCUGCUCGACUCAGCACACUUGCCAUGUAGAUCUGUUGUGCUUGUUUAUCUGUGGCCCAUAAGGGACCCAAGAUCUAUAGUUUCCCCCAAAGCAUGCUAGCGCUUCCUAAGAUCUACUAACUAGGAAGUUGAGUAGUUGGGAAUAUCUGUUGGUGUUUCUCUUAGGAUCCUUUGUGUGUUCAAGAAGGCCAAGAUUGUGAUCUCUUGGGUGGUCAGCUUGAGUAGAGAGGAAGGCCAGAAGAUGGUGUGGGGUGCGAUCUGUGUAGCCAGCAAGGCCAAGAAGAAGGUUGAAUGAUGGGUCUGGUCCAUAGUUCAGUUUUGACCGUGGAUGGAGGCCGUUGGGGCAGAAGGCAAGUCCCUUUUGGGUAUGUCUGCUUUGACACUCACUUGACCAACUGCCCAUUUCUUCUUUGAAAGACCGAGAUCUAGGACUUAGUACAUCAGGUCAUGUCAAAAAGCUUCUUGCGGUGAAGGUUCUGGACAUUGUUCAACCGUACCUGUGCCAAAAAUAAAGUCUUUUAAAAGCCAUAGCGAUGAAACAAGGCUGGAGUUGUUCAACUUUGGUCCUUACCCCACCCUUUCUGAGCUGUUGCUUAAGAGCAGGUGCUCUAUUGGCUGCUUCCCCCAUCAAUCAGGCAUCUUCCUCCGGGAAGUAUGAAGCUUAAUUAAAGUGAGGAGGUCCAGUUCAGGCGUCUCAGAUGAGGGACAAUAGAGAAAUGUGGAUCGCAGCUUCCUGCAGCUUGCAAGCUCUUGUCUUCAAGAGUCCUUGAAGGAUCUGGCUUGGACCACAUUGGGUUAAAAAAAAGCCUUUUCUUCAGCAAAAAAAAAAAAAUUGAGCCUUCCGCCUUCUGUUUUUGUCCUUCUUCAUCCUGUAAUUGAUGGCCAAGUAGGUAGACAAGGACUCAAAAAAAACCCCAUCUAGAUCUCUGCUCAUUUUUGAGGUGUGUUCCUCAGAGAGAUGCUUCAGACCAUGCAUGAUCACCAAAGUUCUUUUAAGAGUGAACCUCUCAGACCUGAAGGAAUUUAGACAGGCCCAGAGUUAGAUCUCUAGAUCCUAGGUGUUGUGAGUAUGUCAUGGUGAUGCAUAGCUAGCUUUGAGAUCCUUGGAACAUCGAUAACUGGAACCAGCUCCUCCACGUAUCAAAGCAGGUUGUUGGCCAGGUCUUCUGGUCCACUGCUCAGUGGAAGGGCAUAUGCCUUGCAGGCAAGAGAUCCAGUCCUUAAUCAUUUCCAAAUGGAGCAGAAAACGUUACCACCAGGCAUUGGUAAGAGGACCAAGUACUAAGUGCUUUGGUUCAAUCUAUGGCAGAUGCUCCUGCUUGUAGCUAAUGAGUUCUCUUUGAGAGAGGUGACUCCCUGUGCCACCAAGGACAGGUGCUGAGAAACUGAUGGGACCUCUCUCCACCAUCAGCUAAUAUGUAGUGGUGGGAGACCUCCCCAUCCUUGUUAGUUAAUCUUCAGAUUUCCCCUGUAGACCAGGGGUCUCCAACCUUGGCAGCCUUAAAACUUGUGGACUUCAACUCUCAGAGUUCCUCAGCCAGCUUGGCUCUGGGAGUUGAAGUCCACAAGUCUUAAAGUUGCCAAGGUUGGAGACCCCUGCUGUAGACCAUCUCCCAACCUCAGGGAGCUUCUGAGAGGGGGAACACGGUGCGCCUGGGACCAAACAGACACAGCGACACACUCAAGAGGCCAACCUUAGAACUUGUGUUAGCAGGGCCAUUCCGUAUCUUGGACCGCGGUAAGCAGGGCUGAACAUUUUCUUACGCUUUUCAACAACGCAACAACCACAGCCACCAGCGGCAGCUGCUGGACUAGCGUCAGGCUGGUUCUUUGGUGCUUUGUGUAUUCAACAACUACACUUUUGUCUCUAUGCAAGGUGGGACGUUCCUCCUGUUUUCACCCCUCUCCUCUCUGGUAACCCAGAUCCAUCUCUCAGGCUUCUCCAAUCUAGUUGGGGGUUGGGCUGACGUCUCCCUGAAUCAACUCAGUUUUUCAGGGAGGUUGGAUGGGGAUUCUGGGCAUUGUAAUCCCUCGAGAGCUUCUGAUUCCCAGGAAUAUUGGUGUUGCGGUCAAGAACUGGGCCCUGUUUUAUUCUCUUUCCCCUACUUCAAUCAAUUUUGCGUUGAAGUCUCUCUUAGCAGGCUUGCCGAUAUUGUGGCUGCGUCUUUCAUGUUUCGCCCCCAGAGCAAGCAAGCCCAUUAAAACCCCAGUUACAAAGAAUCCUGGUUUAUUACCCAUCCAAAAUGCAGCCUAAAUUGGGCAGGCAACGCCACCUCUUAUGACGCAAGGGCCAAGCUUCACCUUCUGAAUUCCUGCCUGCCCGUGAAUUUGGUGAGUUUGGCGCUGGGGUCCGUUGGCAACCAGCAAAUUGUAUUUUCUCCUCUGUUCAUUACAGACGCAAACCUGGGAAAUCGAUUGUAACUUUAAUUCUGUCAAUCUCCAAUUUUUUAAUUAUUAUUAUUUGAGAGGUGUGGCAAAUUCUACCAAGUCGAACUCCGAACUGGCGUUUUCAACCCGGGUUUUUUGCUUUAAACCACAAUGGUUAAUACAGCCUUCUACUUUUAUGUAUACAUAUAUAAUAUAUGUAUAUGAAAUAUAUAUAAAUAUAAUUUUUUAAAGCCUUUAGACACGACUAGCUUCUUUCAGAGUUCUCCACCGGAUACCCCUCCUCCGAAAAAAAAAACAUUUUUGAAAUUUCACGGGGGUUUAAAUGGAGGGGGUGGGGUUUCAGCCUGAUGACGAUUAUUUUUUAAAAAAACUUUUCUUUUGAAUUUUUGGUUGAUUUUUACGACAUUGUACUGUAGCUGUUUUUUGUUUUGUUUUGAACUGGUUUGUGUUCUUUCUGUUCUGCAGAUAUUACAACAGAAAUGAUUCUAAAUGUAAUUCCUGUGGUUUCUAUUCCGCUUGGGUUUCAUGUUUUAAAAUAAACAACUUUGAAAAGGC